AUGCCAUCUAUUUUGGCAAUCCAUAUGGGUCUCCUCUGUAUACUCUCCGUAAAUGAUGAAAAUACUCUUUCUGACCAUGCCUCAAGUGACCAAGUCCAAUCAACAAUCACAGAAGAAAGCAACAGUCAGAGGUUUUCGGAAUCGAUGGAAACGUUUCUGAAAAGAGCUGAGGAAGAGAUCAUCAGAGUACAAGCUCAAGAGAGCGUAGCGUUAUCACUUGUAAAAGAAAUCACAGAGUAUUUCCAUGGAAACUCGGCUAAAGAAGAAGCGCAUCCGUUUAGAAUAUUCUUGGUGGUUAGAGACUUCCUUGGAGUAGUAGACAGAGUCUGCAAAGAAGUAGGGAUGAUAAACGAAAGAACAAUGGUUAGUUCUGCUCAUAAGUUUCCUGUUCCAGUGAAUCCAAUGAUGCCACAACCUCUUCCUGGACUCGUUGGACGAAAACAAUCUUCUUCUUCGUCUUUAUCAGCGGCCAGCUUCAAU